AUGGAAUACCCUGACCCCGACCAUCUGGAUCAUCAUCCUUCUUCCCAGGAGCAUGCUUAUCCUGACAUCAAUGAAUCAAUCCACUAUCCAUGGCAGGGAGAAGAGCAACCCAUUCAAACCGAAGACUCCCUGCAUUCUGUGAUCGAUCCACGUCUGUACAAGGACUUGUUCUCCGCGAGUGCCUCGCAGCUACCAGAUCAGUCGCUCGAGGACGAAGACGACGAGGCGGCAAGGUUCGCCGAUGAACUGUAUCCCAGAAUUGAUGACUCAGCCGAAGACGAUGACUAUGAAUAUCCCGGAGAGGAAAGCUCAGGGGACGAUGAGUUUGCUGAUAUGCCGACGGAUGAAGGGGACGACGAUGAGUCGGAUUCUCGAAGACGGCGUCGUCGCCGCCGAGGCACUGGGCCCUUUUCUGGUCGAUAUGGCGCUAGAGGUGGUAAAGGGAUCAAAAGAGGGCCUCGUAAACCGUUGGAACCCAGCCCGGAAUUUAAAAUUCUUCAUUCCGAGGCCACUGCUGCAUUCAUUGACGGUGACUAUGACCGGGCUGCCACAUUAACCAAACAAGCAAUUCAGACCAAUCCGGAGAUGUUUGCUGCCCAUUCUUUGCUAUCGGAGAUCUUUCUCGCGCAGGGCCAAAGAGACAAAGCCCUGACGGCAUUGUUCAGUGGAGCUCAUACCCGUCCUAGGGAUCCGACAGUCUGGGCGAAAGUUGCAAAAAUGAUCAUGGAUCGGGCCGGAGAUGAUCGAUUUACAGCACUCAACGACGUCAUCUACUGCUAUAGCCGUGUUCUGGAAAUCAAUCCUAGAAACCACAAUGCGCGGUUUCAACGAGCUGCGAUCUAUCGGGAGUUAGGUCACAACGGACGUGCCGCUACGGAAUACGAAAGGAUCCUCAAAGAACUCCCUCAUAGUCUUAGGGCUCUUCGACAUAUCGCCGAAACCUAUAUCGACAGUAAAGAAGUCCAGAAAGCCGUGAAUCAUUGGUCCAAAAGUGUCAAGUACAUGACAUCUUUAGACCCCUCAGCCGCCCCAGAAUUCUCUUGGUCAGAUGCGAACAUUUUUGCCGAGCUUUAUGGCUACCAAGGCGAUCAUGCUACAGGACUAAGGUCCUUGAAGGCUCUCUGCAGAUGGCUUCUGGGCCGUAGGGAGGAUACGAUGUGGGAAAGAUUUGACGAGGAUGACCGCGAAUGGGAUGCUGAUGACUCCCCCCGACGUAUCAAAACCAAUGGGUAUAUACCAGGCCAGUGGCCGCGUGACUCGUACGGGCUAGGUCUUCCCCUUGAACUGCGCAUCAAGCUUGGUCUCUUCCGGGCGAAGAUGGGAUACGAGCACAGAGAGGAAGCCUUGCAUCAUUUUGAAUGGUUAAACCCAGAGGACAAUUCGGAAGGGGCCCGGCUCUAUGACUACGGUGACCUUUUUAGAGAGGUCGCGGACGCUUUGAAGGAUGUGGGACUGCUUGAGGAUGCCCUCCGAUUCUAUAUGCCUCUCCAGCAAACGAACGAAUACGCGGAUAUCAGCUACUUCCUGGCCAUGGGAGAUUGUUAUGCGCAGCUAGAGCGGUUCGAAGAGGCGGAAAAUUGCUAUCUCACCGUCGCAGAUUAUGACCUGACAAACAUCGAGUCGCGUGUUCAACUAGCAAGGCUGUAUGAGAACAUCGAUAUGACCGAACGGGCUCUCAAAUACGUCAAUGAGGCGGUUUUGCUUGGCAGACAGGAGAGCAGAGGUAAUCGACGAAGAAAAGACACGAGGCUUGAAAAUUUGGCAAUGGAAUUCAAAACGGCGGAGCUGGGGCCCGAAACGAUGGCUUUUCGGACGAUUGCGCCUCGACCUUCCGAGGAGGAGGAAGAGCCAGCAGCCCCAGCCUUGACAACGGUUCCGCCGACCAAAGAACGUCCCGAGGUCGACAGCAACAGAACAGAGAAUGUCCAGUACCUUUACUCCAAAUUAAUGCAGCUACAACCCCAUGUUAAAGAUGGGCACGUUGAAGCAACGGAGGACUGGUUGGAUAUUGCAGAUGCCCUGUUGCGCGAAUUCCGGUCCAAUCGUAUCUUCUACCCAAUGAUUCGCGGCACCGCUUUCUCAGGAUAUUCUAAAGAAGCAAGAAAGAAGGCCAACAGAUCCAAGGGCCGGUCGUUUAUCGAUGAAAUGCACGAAAUGGCAGGCCGUCUCCAGGAGACUUUAGGGAAUGAUCCUGAGGAAGACGCGCUGGGGCAGAUCCCAACAGAUUAUCAUGGGAUAUCGUUCGAGGAAUGGCUGGAUCUUUUCCUUCAAUAUGCCCUCGUCGUAGUCAGCCAGAAUGAGCCGGACGAAGCGUAUGAUACUCUUGCCGCGGCCGCUGAGGCCAGCAUUUGGUACCAUUCGAAAGAAAACGCCCGUCAGAUCCACAUUUGCUGGUUUACCUGUGCACUACGAGCGCAAGACGAAGAAGCACUUGCGAAUGAGGCACGGUGGUUCAUCAAAGAAUACCAAUUUGUCACCGACACCUACCGCCUCUUCGGCAUGCUCAGUCGCCUUAGUGGUGACCCUCACCGAUCGUUAUUCCACUCCUCCCCCAACAUGAAAUUUAUGCUGCGUCAGAUCAAGGCCAUGGACUUCACACUGCCCAAAAAGGGAGGCAAGAACGUUCGUUCCAUGAGGCCCGUCCGGGAGUCCAUCUACCGGGAACGCGCCGCGCUUUCAACACGUGACGAAGCUGGCGAGGCCAUCCCAGCCGAGGAAAUGGACGUCGCCCUGCUGGUCUUAUACGGCCACAUUCUCUACUCGGGCAACAGCUUCGUCCCGGCCCUGAACUACUUUUUCCGCGCCUACGAUCUCGACGACCAAAACCCCGCCGUGCUCCUCUCCAUCGGCCUCUGCUACAUCCAUCACUCGCUGAAGCGACAGUCCGAAAACAGACACUACCUCAUCAUGCAGGGCCUGUCUUUCAUGCACGAAUACCGCCGCAUCCGCGAGCAAAAGGGGACUCCGCUUGUGGAACGCCAGGAAAUGGAGUUCAAUUUCGCUCGCGUGUGGCAUAUGCUUGGUCUCGCACAUUUGGCUAUAGAAGGGUACGAGAAGGUCCUGGCUCUGUCCGAAGAGAGGAAGAUGCAGGCACAGACAACGCAGAACGACAGCGAUGUGAUCAUGACAGACGCGGGGCUCUCGCAAGAGCAGGAGCAGGCGCAGAAAAAAGCUCCCUUCGUGGAAGACUUCGCGCCAGAAGCGGCUGUAGCCUUGCAGAAUAUCUAUGCGCUCAGUGGAGAUUUGAAAUCCGCGCAGGAGGUCACUACCAAAUAUCUGGUUAUUUAA